GAAGGGAAAUUGCAGAUUUUUUUAUGAGGGCAUAAAGCUUAAUGAUGGUUUUUUGGUUGGGUUUCUGAGAUUGGAGAAAUCACGGUUUGCUUUUACUUUCAGAUGAGAAGGGGGUUUUGCCCCCUUGUUCUUCUGAGUUUUUUCGUUUAUGAGUGAAAAAGAAGGUUUUGCGGAUUAUUGUCGCACUGGGUCUGUGAAGGUUUUUGGCAAUAUCGUUCUGGUUUUUAGACGGUGGCAUUGUAUUUUAUUUAUGUGAAUUAUGUUGCACAAGAUACUUAGUAAGCUUCCUCGGAAGUCGUCUAAGAGUGCUGAAAAUCGUGAACACGGUGGAAGCCAUACUACGUUUUCGAUUGCUUCUACCAGUUCAAGAAGCAGUGAUUUAGGGACUAGCAAGUCUGGAAAUUCGAUUGCAUCUCAUACGGCCCCUAAUUAUGCUUCAGAUGUUGGCCCAUACCAUGAUAAGUUUGCACGAGGUGCAAAUCCGAAGGCAAAUGGGAAUUCCUUGUCUUUCUAUGAAGCAUUGCCCGGAUUCAAAGAUGUUCCGAGUUCUGAGAAGCAGAGCUUAUUCAUAAAAAAGCUGAACUUGUGCUGUGCCGCAUUUGACUUCACUGACCCAACAAAGCAUAUCAAAGAAAAGGAAAACAAGCGACAAACAUUGAUAGAGCUUGUGGAUUAUGUGACUUCAGUGAAUGGCAAAUUUACAGAAGUUGUGAUACAAGAAGUUAUAAAAAUGGUAUCUGUGAAUUUAUUUAGGACACUCACUCCUCAACCACGUGAAAACAAAGUUACAGAAGCCUUUGAUUUGGAAGAGGAGGAGCCUUCAAUGGAUCCUGCAUGGCCUCACUUGCAAAUGGUGUAUGAGUUUUUGUUGAGGUUUGUUGCAUCAACUGAGCUGGAUGCAAAAUUGGCCAAAAGAUACAUUGAUCAUUCCUUUAUUCUGAAGUUGUUGGAUCAAUUUGACUCUGAAGAUCCUAGAGAAAGGGAAUACUUGAAAACGAUUCUGCACCGUAUCUAUGGCAAAUUUAUGGUAAAUCGCCCUUUUAUCAGGAAAGCUAUAAACAACAUAUUUUAUCGGUUUGUUUUUGAGACAGAGAAGCAUAACGGGAUAGCUGAGCUUCUAGACAUUUUGGGAAGUAUUAUUAAUGGGUUUGCUUUGCCACUGAAAGAAGAACAUAAAUUGUUCCUUGUUCGGGCACUGAUCCCCUUGCACAAACCAAGAUGCUUAGCAAUGUACCAUCAGCAGCUGUCUUACUGCAUUACGCAAUUUGUGGAGAAAGAUUGCAAGCUCGCUGAUACUGUCAUAAGGGGUUUAUUGAAGUAUUGGCCAAUCACAAAUAGUUCAAAGGAAGUCAUGUUCCUAGCUGAAUUGGAAGAAGUCUUAGAAGCAACUCAACCGCCUGAAUUUCAGCGCUGUGUGGUGCCCUUGUUUUGCCAGAUUGCUCGAUGCUUGAACUGUCCGCACUUUCAGGUGGCUGAGAGAGCUUUGUUCUUGUGGAGCAAUGAUCACAUCGAGAACUUAAUUAGACAGAAUCGCAAGGUCAUACUGCCCAUUAUAUUUCCUGCAUUGGAGAAAAAUGCUAGAAAUCAUUGGAAUCAGGCUGUGCAUGGUCUGACUUCAAAUGUACGCAAGAUUUUCUAUGAUCUUGAUCCUGAGCUGUUUAAGGAAUGCUUACUAAAGUUCCAGGAAGAUGAAUUGAAGGAAGAUGAGAUCAAAGCAAGACGUGAAGCCACGUGGAAACGCUUAGAGGAACUUGCUGCAAAGAAGGCAACAAGUAAUGAAGCUGUACUUGUUCCUGGGAAAGCACCUCUUCGCACCUCUUCAGGUUAGCCAGAGUGAGAGGUAUUUGUUGGUUGUUGAAGUUGCCUCAAUUCUUUGAUUUAGAUGGGAUUUAUAUUAGGUGGUCGGAUGCUCAUGGACUGUUAACUCAUCUGCUACCCCAAAAAAAAGAAGAAGAAAAAAUUCAAGAAAUUUUCAUGUAGAGAGGUUCUUACUGAUAACCAUAGCCCAACAAGCAUUUUUCCAAGUUUAUUUUUAUUCUUAAUAUAUCAAUUCGAUCCUUUUAUAGCUUAA